CAGUGGAGUCUUCAUGAGGAGCACAGGAGCAUCUUUACUAACUUCUGCAACCGUUUAUCAAACAUUUCCUCUCGGGCUUGUUUCAGUGACUAUCAGACUGCACAGAUUGGAAGUGUAAAAACACUUGAGGAUUAAAAACAACAACACAAGAAGACAAAUCUGCACUUUUACAGAGACUCGGAUACAGGAGGAUGAAUUUAUCAUACACAGUUUUUCUCCUGCUGAACGUCUUAUCACUGUACAACUGCAAUGAUGCGGCGCAAGGUUGUAUGGAUAAGCACCGAGUGAUGGGCAUCCUGCGUCAAAUGGAUAAGUUUCUUAAAGGACAGGAGAUCCGAUUCACCGAAGGGCUUCGGAUUAUGAAAUCCAAGCUCACCAACCUUCAAAACUCAGUGUCCAAGUUCCCACAAGCAGACCAAUCCUCAUCCCAGUUCUCAUGCCCACCUCUGGUGGCUCCGGCCCACGGCAGGAAGUUUGGCUCAAAAAACCUGGUGGGUCAUGAGGUCCAUUUCACAUGUUCUCAGGGAUAUCGCUUGAUGGGGACAGGGACACGCGUGUGCCAGGAGAACGGUACCUGGAGCGGAGUCAGCGCCGUCUGUAAAGAUGUGAGCGUGUGCUCCAGUAACCCGUGUCAGAACGGCGGCACCUGUGUGGAGGCUCUUAACCAGUACAAGUGCACCUGUCCACACAACUGGAGCGGGAGUCAGUGUCAAUACCAGACGCAGACAGCCCCUCCGGAGUGGAGUGUCAUGAAUGACCCGGCCUUCAGCCGCAAGCCUCGCUGUGCGAAAGUUGACCGAGCCCAGCACUGCAGCUGUGACGCUGGCUUCCACAUGAGCGGCACCUCCGACAACAGCAUCUGUCAGGAUGUGAAUGAAUGUGAGGUGUAUAAGGCUGACCGUGGAGGGCCUCUGUGUGGCCAUGCCUGUGUAAACGUCCCGGGAUCGUACCACUGCUCCUGUCCCACCGGAUACAAGCUGCUCGCUGAUGGAAGAAGCUGUGAGGAUGUGGAUGAAUGUCUUACACAACAGCACAACUGCAGCCGUGGCACCACCUGUAUCAACACCGGAGGAGGUUUCCAGUGUGUUAACCCCGAGUGUCCGCGCUCGCACGGCAACGUCAGCUACGUCAAGACAUCACCUUUCCAGUGUGAAAGGAAUCCCUGUCCGAUGGAGAGCCGCUCCUGUCCGCUUGCCGCAAAGACCAUUUCUUACCACUACCUGUCUCUGCCGUCCAACCUGCGCACCCCGGCCACCCUGUUCCGCAUGGCCACCGCAACCGCUCCGGGUCGGCCGGGUCCGGACAGCCUCCGCUUUGGCAUCGCAGGCGGAGGUGACGCCCGGAGCAUGUUCGUGAUGCAGCGCUCGGACCGUCAGACCGGAGAGCUGAUCCUCGUCCAACCCAUGCGAGGCCCACAGGAGCUCAGCGUGGAGGUGGAGAUGUCCGAGUACGCCGACCGCACCUUCCAAGCCAAACACCUGGCACGGGUCCACCUUCUGAUCUCACCCUACGAGUUCUGAAGAGGCUGUAUGAAUGUUUAGACUUAAAGAGGAAAGAAUGUUUUCCAUAUUGCUAAAGCUGAAUGAUAGAGUUGUUCUCAGAGGCGGCUCGGGUUUUGAUGUUGGGAUGGCGCAAAAAUGAUGGAAAGUGCAGUGGAAAGUCACGCUCAUAUGGAAGUGAAAUUAAGUUAAUAACUAUAGAAAAAUGAAAAUUCUGUCAUCAUUUACUCACUCUCAUGUUGUUCCAAACCUGUAUGAGUUUCUUUCUUCUGCUGAACACAAAAGAAGAUAUUUUAAAGAAUGUUAACUUCCAUAGUAUUUAUUUUCCUACUAAAGAAGUCAAUGACUACCAUCAACUGUUUGAUUACCAACAUCUCCCUGUGGUGAAAAUCAAGUUUUUAAUGUAGUUUAUAUGUCUGUCUGGUGUUUUUAAUAUGCUUUAAGACGAACCAUGUGUGAAAUUCAUAAAACUGCAGUGAACCACAUUCUCAAACCCUGAUCGCUGGUGUUUCUGACAUCACAAACUACCGUGUAUCCAAUCACGUCAAUGUGGGGGCGGAGUUUAGCAUAUCAUUAACUAUGACCGAUCUGAAACAGGGAAUCAGGUUAUCCCAGUAUAUUUUUCUGCUGAUAUGAAAAAAUCACGUAGAUUUAGCAGUAUAGAUGUAUCUUACGAUGUUAUGAUGAACUAUAUGCCUUUAGCAACACAUAAUUAGCAUUUACCUCAGUAAGUUGACCGAGUGGAUCUCUGAGCUUGUGCGAGUGAAUGGAGGCGGGGCUAAUUAGCAUAUUCAUAGAUCCACAUAUAAUAAAUGAAGCAAGGGUGUAGAGCAAGCAACAACCUCUCUUGAAAUCCAACACUGAAGUGACUUAAUCUGCAAUUCAUCGACUGGCCUCUAGAGACAGGCUCCAAAAGGGAGUCAAUCCCAUGUUAAAAUGCCCAACUUUACAGCAGAAAAAAACAUGUUUACAGCCUGGUACAAAAAGUGGUUUUGGUCUA